UUCCUCUCGCCCAGCCUCUCUCUUUCAUAAAUCUCAACUUGUCCCUACAAUUUCAUCACCCACAAUUUCUUUCUCAAAAAUUUAAUUAAAUAAAUCCAUAAUAAAUUGCAUCCGCCACCGAUAAAUAGUCCCAUAUACUAUUUUACGAUUACAGUAUUAAUACCGAGUACCUCGUAGUAAUUACCGACAAUGCGAUUAUUUUUUCGUAUAAUUAUUGUUGUAAACUAACAGUAAUAUAGUAAUCCUUAAUUAUGUUUCUCCUCCAUCACAUCAAAUUAAAGUAAGAUUACAAGGAGAUAAAGCUUGUGUCAAUGCAAACAAACAACACCGACGACAACGACAACGAUAACAAUCACGAUAAAUUAACAGAGGAAGCACAAAUGAUCGACAAAUUCCAAUACACACCCUUCAAAGAAGAGGUGAUCAAGUUUGAGGAAUGCCCAAAUGAAGGUAAAUCUUCAGUAGAAUUGUAUAAUGUAGUAGGGGUAAAUAAGGAAGAUUAUAAGUUUCAAGAUGUUGAGGUUGUUGAUAGUUAUGAAGAGGGUAAAACAGAGGGUAAUGAUGAUGAUGACGACAACGACAACAAAAACGUGAGAUUUGGAUCAGAGGAAGAAAAUGGAGGAGAGAGAAACUUGUGUGAAAUUGAGAUUGAAAGUGAGGAUGAAGAAGGAGGGGAAAGAGAAAUUGGGAUAAUGGAUGAUUGGGAGGAAAUUGGAAGAAAGGAUUUUGAAGAGCUUCUUGGCAAUAAAGCAGGGUUUUACAAUGUUGAGGUUGAUUAUGAAAAAUGAGAUCAAAAUUUGAAGUUAAUUGUAGAGAUUGUUACAAUGUUGUGGAUUUGAUUGUAUUUGUAUAAAAUUUAAUUUGGACGAAUAAUAUUUAGAUUUUAGGGAUUGCCAUUAAUUGUACUUUUGAUAUGGAAUAAUAAAAUUCUUUUGAUUCAAUUU